AAAAGAAGGGUUUAAAUUAGCCCAUUUUUGUGAAAAGGAAGUAAAAAUCGUGUAUAUGAAAACCAGGAAAAGAAAUUGGAAUUGAAGGAGCAAGAGGCAUCGAGUAUGGGGGAAGCUCGAUUCGCUUGUAAUUGGAAUCGUGUUUGUAGUUUCAUCAUCUUAAGCUUCGUUGUUUUAGUGUUGACAGCCAGUGGAUCAAAUGGAGCUCGUCAAACAGGAAGUUCGUCGUCGGUGUUUUCUCUGUUCAAUCUCAAAGAGAAGAGUACGUUUUGGAGUGAGAAUGUUAUUCAUGGCGGUGCUGAUUUUGAUGAUUUCAAAUCUUCAAGUCCUGGCAAAGCAGGAGCCAUCAAUUACACCAAGGCUGGCAAUAUUGCAAAUUAUCUAAUGCUUCAGGAAGUGGAUUCUAUGUACCUUCCGAUUCCCGUGAAUUUCAUUUUCAUAGGAUUUGAAGGAAAAGGAAACCAUGAGUUCAAACUUCAUCUAGAAGAACUUGAGCGUUGGUUCACAAAAAUUGAUCACAUCUUUGAACAUACACGAGUUCCACAAAUUGGAGAGGUUCUUACCCCAUUUUACAAGAUUAGUGUGGAGAAGGAGCAACGCCACCAUCUACCAGUUGUCAGUCACAUAAGUUACAAUUUUUCCGUUCAUGCAAUUCAAAUGGGAGAAAAAGUUACUUCUAUUUUUGAGCAUGCCAUUAAUGUUUUGGCUCGCAAGGACGAUGUAUCUACUGACAGGGAUGACGGGGAGGUCCUCUGGCAAGUGGAUGUUGAUAUAAUGGAUAUUCUUUUCAGUAGCCUUGUUGAUUAUCUUCAACUUGAAAAUGCAUAUAAUAUUUUUAUUAUGAAUCCUAAGCAUGACUUCAAGAGGGCAAAAUAUGGCUACCGGAGAGGCUUAUCGGAAUCUGAAAUUAAUUUUCUAAAGGAGAAUAAGAGCUUGCAAACAAAAAUUCUUCAAUCAGGAAGCAUUCCUGAAAGUGUCCUUGAACUUGAGAAGAUCAAAAGGCCUUUAUAUGAAAAGCAUCCAAUGACUAAAUUUGCCUGGACAAUAACUGAAGACACUGAUACAGCGGAAUGGUAUAAUAGUUAUUUAAAUGCACUCAAUAAUGUGGAGAAGUUGUAUCAAGGGAAGGACACUUCUGAUAUCAUUCAGAAUAAAGUUCUACAGUUAUUGAAUGGCAAGAAUGAAGAUAUGAAACUACUUCUUGAAAAGGCGUUAAAAUCUGGGGACUUCAAUGAUCUUCAUACAGAAUGUCUUACAGAUACGUGGAUUGGAAGGGCCAGGUGGGCAUUUAUUGAUUUAACUGCAGGUCCUUUCUCUUGGGGCCCAGCUGUUGGGGGGGAAGGAGUGCGAACAGAACUAAGUUUUCCUAAUGUGACCAAAACCAUUGGUGCAGUUGCAGAGAUUUCAGAAGAUGAAGCUGAAGAUCGCUUACAAGAGGCCAUUCAGGAAAAAUUUGCAGUAUUUGGUAAUAAAGAUCAUCAAGCCAUUGACAUUCUUCUAGCAGAGAUUGAUAUAUAUGAGCUUUUUGCUUUCAAGCACUGCAAGGGAAGAAAAGUUAAGCUGGCUCUCUGUGAUGAACUUGAUGAGAGAAUGCAGGAUUUGAAAAAUGAGCUCCAAUCAUUUGAAGGAGAUGAGUAUGAUGAAAAUCAUAAAAAGAAGGCCCUAGAGGCAUUAAAACGAAUGGAGAAUUGGAAUCUUUUCAGUGAUACUUAUGAGGAAUUUCAAAACUACACGGUUGCACGAGAUACUUUUCUGGCACAUCUAGGAGCAACACUGUGGGGGUCCAUGAGACAUAUAAUUUCACCUUCAAUUGCUGAUGGUGCUUUCCACUAUUAUGAGAAGAUAUCCUUCCAGUUGUUUUUCAUCACACAGGAGAAAGUAAGGAAUGCUAAAAAACUACCGGUGGAUCUUGAGGCUCUCAAGGGUGCGCUUUCCUCCUUAUUAUUGCCUUCGCAAAAAGCUAUUUUCAGCCAAAACCUAUUACCGCUUUCAGAAGAUCCAGCACUGGCAAUGGCCUUCUCAGUGGCACGACGAGCUGCAGCUGUUCCAUUAUUGCUUGUUAAUGGAACGUAUAGGAAAACCAUUCGGUCCUAUCUAGAUUCCUCCAUCCUCCAAUAUCAGUUGCAGAGGUUGAAUGACCAUGCUUCUCUGAAAGGGGGACAUGCCCAUAGUAGGUCUACUCUUGAAGUUCCUAUCUUUUGGUUCAUUUAUGGAGAACCAUUAAUGGUUGACAAGCACUAUCAAGCAAAGGCUCUUUCCGACAUGGUUAUUGUUGUCCAGUCAGAGCCGUCAUCAUGGGAAAGCCAUCUUCAAUGUAAUGGCCAGUCACUUUUGUGGGAUUUGAGGAGGCCCAUAAAAGCUGCACUUGCUGCUGUUUCUGAACAUUUGGCUGGUUUACUUCCCCUUCAUAUUGUCUACAGCCAUGCCCAUGAAACUGCAAUUGAGGACUGGAUAUGGUCUGUUGGAUGCAAUCCUUUCUCCAUAACUUCUCGUGGCUGGCACAUAUCACAGUUUCAGUCUGAUACGAUUGCUCGGAGCUACAUUAUCACAACUCUUGAAGAGUCUAUACAAUUAGUUAAUUCAGCCAUUCGUCGUCUACUCAUGGAGCGUACAUCUGAAAAGACGUUCACACUUUUUCAGUCCAAAGAGAAAGAGCUUGUGAAUAAGUAUAAUUAUGUUGUUAGCCUGUGGAGAAGAAUCUCAACCAUAAACGGAGAUUUGCUUCAUGCGGACGCUAUGAAGCUACUUUAUACCUUGGAGGAUGCUUCGAAUGGGUUGUGUGAGGAAGUAAAUGCGACAAUUGCGCUUCUGCACCCAGUUCAGUGCACGAGAGAGCGGAAAGUGCAUGUGGUAUUUGAUAUGACAACAAUUCCUGCUUUCGUAAUUGUAAUGGGUCUUCUUUAUUUUGUGUUGAAGCCGAGCCGACCAAAACCUAAAAUUAAUUGACAACAUUUUCUUCCCCAUACACAAUUCUGUUCAAUUUUGUUUUCUUGUUUAGAAACUCAAAUGGUAGAGGAAUUAGGGAAAGAUAUAGUCCCCAUUUUAGGUAGCAAGAGCCACUUCAUUUUAGCUUACAACACUUCAUCACUGUAAUGUACAUUCAUUUUCUGCUUCUUUGGGGUUUACACUGAGCUGCAGCACAGAUAUUACACUUUAAUUUGCUUCGUUUGCUUUAUCUUCUCAA